CGCGACGCCAAGAAGAAAAUGGAGUUUUCGAAGAAAGAUUUGAUUAGAGAGGUUCAAUGUCGUCCUGUUCUUUGGGAUCGGAAAAACAAGGCUCACAAAAAUUCCAGAAUAAUAAAUACUUCUUGGGAUGAAGUGGCUGCCGCUCUCUCUUCCGAUCGUGAAACUGUAAGGAAAGCAUGGAAAAAUUUAGUGGAUCAGUUUCGAACAAAUUAUAAGAAUGUGAUGAGAAAUAUGCCUCCAGACAUCACUGACCAUCCUGAUGUGGUUGAACAUAUGUUUAAGAAUAUUCGUUGGGCCUAUUUUCAACAACUCCUUUUCUUACAGGAUGUUGUUAAAACAAAAAGGUAUUUCUUAUAAUAACUGUUUUAUUUGAUAAAGUGCAUUAAUUUUUAAUUAAGUAAUGAAGAAGUUAAGAAAGGCUUUAAAUAGUUUUUUUAUUGUAUAAUACAGGGGUUUCCAACUUAUGUUCUGUGGAAUCCUAGGGUUCUGACAAUAAAAAUUUGGGGUUCCAAAAUAAAAUCCGUUGAGUCUAGUGAUGUAUGAAUGUGCCAAUGCAGAUUUAGGAGGUGAGGUGUAAUUGUUCUAGUCUCAGAUCAAGUCCUUGUAUUUUCAUACAAGGACUUGAUAUGAGAAUAUACAUGUGCUAAAGUUAUUUAUAGCUGUAUAAAUGGUGGAAACCAAUUUAUCUGUAACAGAGUGAAUUGAAAGCAUGAUAUAAUGUUUGACAAGAUAAUGGAAACCAUAAAAACAGUAAAACAUAAACUAAAGCUAUAAAAUCAUUUAAAAAAAAUCAUAACCUUAAAAAGGAUUGAACAUAUAAAUAAAAAUACAAUUAUUAAAUCUGUGUAUAUGUAUAUAUAUAAAAAGCAAAAUGUUCUUUUACCACUGCAGACAAAUAACAUAAAUUUAAAAAUAAAUUUGAUCAAAUCAGAGAAUCCACUAUGUAAAAAUGAGCAUAAAAGUUUUUGCCAUAAAUACUUUUAAUCAUGUUACCUAUUUGCAUUUGGCUUGGAUUGCGGUGGAGGUCCAGCUCCACUAGCAAAGUUUUUACUUCGACUGU